AUUUUGCCUGCCCGAUGAUGUCUGUGAUGCAAGCCGUAGCAUCACAGACUCUGCGAGGACUUUCUGAUGCCCAUACCGCACGAGAAAUGCCCUCUCCGCGUAGCAAAAAACUGGAUGUCUUUUGCUGUUCAUGCAAUACACAUUUUAAAACGAAUCCAAAGGUACCAUGACAAGUUCCAUCCUUCCAGACCCGGAUCGGUAUUUGCAAUGCAUAGGAUCUGGACGAAAACAACGUUUUGCACGGUUUGUUUACAUAUCAAAGGCAAAUAUGUCUGGGUCUGGAAGAUUGCCAGAUUUGACAUGCUAGUCUGGCAUGACUCUGCAAUCUGUAUUGCGUGGCCACGAACAGCCUCUCUCGCGUGUCAUGCAAAAACGCAGUUUCUCAUGCGGAAUUGGCGGCACAGAAGCACGAAAAAAACUUGUCAUGCUCGGCUGCGCAUUACAGUUCACUUAUUGAUCACUGACUUGCACCAUCACAAGUUUCCAGACCCAGACAUUUCUGCAUUUGAUAUUACCGGAAUCUUUGUCGGCUGUGCCUGUGCCGUCAUCUUCCAGUUUGUGCAGAUGCUGAUCGUUUACAGUACCAACGCGAUUUUGUACUGCCACGUAUCCUGAGGAAAAACCGGGGCCCACACGACCUGCCCAGAGUUAGAUGUCAUGCAAAUCUGCAUGCCUAAAAUGUUUCUCAUGCACGCAAUUUCAUGAGCAGCACUUUCCCAUGCUGCUUGGUACAAGAACUUUGUCCUGCUCUAAUCAGGAUAGGGAGCAGCUAGAUUCUAUUUUGUGAUGCGGCUUUAAUGUACUAGCCAAACACGACCACUACAACUACACCAGAGUGUACCCAAAGAACUUGUUAUGCGCAACAGCCAAAGCCUGCUGAUUUAUGUAGCAAACGUCCUAUCUUGAAGAUUACUCUGGUGUGCUCCUGGGCCCUGUGGUUUUUACACACGAUACGACGCCCUUCUCCGGUCCGAGGGCAAGGAGGCGGGACGAGACCAGCGCAAAUCCGUCAAGGGUCUCCUCUAUGCAUUGCAAAUAUGUCUGGGUCUGGAAAGUUGGAACUUGUAAUGCUGUUCUUACAUUCCUGUGAAAUCUGUAUUGCAUGAUGACCAACAAAUAAAGUGGCAGCCUCGUCUCAUGUCAGACAGAAACGCAGUUUCUCAUGCGGAGUUCGUACGAGAAAGCGUUCUGCAAGCUUGUCAUGCUUUCCUGCAUGAGGAAGUGCUUUCAUCAUGCACAUUUUAGCAUCACAAGUUUCCAGACCCAGACAUAUUUGCAUUCGAUAUCCUCGGGCCCGCGGACGCCCCGGGCGCCACCGGGGAGGGCAUCAUGACGACCAAUGACUUGGUGUCCUACGACAUGAAAGCUGCGAACGAAAACAUGAAAAACAACCUGCCGAAGCCGAUGGGAUCAACAUUUGCUGACCCGACAAAUAAUUCUUCUACAACGGCGUCGCCAGACCACAAAUUUCACGACGCGGAAGGGGAGGCAAUUGAAAUGGCGGAGAUUGAAGUUGGUGGAGGGGAUGACGACUGGCAUGACGACGAUUGGAAUUAUAACCACGGUUCAUCUUACGCCGACGACCACUACGCAGGCUACGGUUCAUCUUCCUACGACGCGCAAGGUCGUGGAAACAGAUCUGGAUCUCAGAAACGCGGACGCACCUCUAUAACCUGCUCAGGUGUUACAAUCUCAAACGUUACAAUAGAAUCUGAGAUUUGUCUUGCAUGACCAACAUGACAGACUCGGACAGCGUUCCACUAUUUGCAAUACAAAUUUCGCCAGAUUGUAGUGCGGAUUGGGACUCCAGAACUUGUCAUGCGCAAUCCUGUGGGAGUAGGGUAGGUCAUGCACUUCUUGCAACACAAAUUCCAGAUUCUAUUGUAACGUUUGAGAUUGUAACACCUGAGCGGGUUAUAACCUCUCUGGACGAGGCUUCCCGCAAGAAGCGCAAGCCGCUAUGCAUUGCAAAUAUGUCUGGGUCUGGAAGACCACAGUAAGUUGUGAUGCUCAAUCUGAAUCAUGCCAAAAUCUGUGUUGCAUCAGUGCCAAAAGCUGUCCACUUUCGACCAAGUUGGGAGGGGAUUUCUCAUGCAGGAUAGGCAUGACAGAGACCUGGCAGACUUUGUCAUACUAGGCCCCGCAUUUCAGACCUCAUGGGUCAUGGAAAAUCUGCAUGACAUAUUGCAUUCUUCCAGACCCAGACAUGACAGUAUAAGUAGCAGUAGUUAGUUCCACCGGUGGACAUCAUAGCAUGCUUUUAGUCUCUCUCUACAUAGUGCAUCAGCGUAGUUCUCUUUUACUUUUGUUUCUUCAAAAAGUUGAAGUCGUUCUCUUCCCCGUGCUGUAUCAAGGUCUUGUUUCCAGACAAAACACCAGACAUAUUUGCAUUUGAUAGCCGCAGGCGUUGGAUGACGUGCAAACCGGGUACUACGCUGGGGGGUACGAGAACAGGUAUAUAUAGGAGUCCGCUACAGUCAAUGUCAACAAUCUGACAUGAUGUACAAAUAUGUCGUUCGAGCAUGAGAAAAUCGAAAUUCCGUCUGUUAAGCUUAAGAUACUGGUCAUGCGUGAUAAACAAAAAACAUCAACACAGCUACGACGCUGCCAAGGUACCCGCGGGUACCCGCAGCUAUCGGGCGGGGCGGCAGAAUAUGGAUUGCAAAAAUGUCUGGGUCUGGAAGAUUGCAACUUGUCAUGCUAAAUCCGAAUCAUGCAAAAAUCUGUGUUGCAUGAUUACCAAAAGAGGUCCACUUUUGAACAAGUUUAAAGGCAGUUUCUCAUGCAGAAUAGGCAUGAAAGAGACCUCACAGCCUCUGUCAUGCUAGGUCCCGCAUUCCACACCUCAAGGGUCAUAGAAAACCUGCAUGACAAGUUCACAUUCUUCCAGACCCAGACAUUUUUACAGUUGAUACAGAAGUCCUCUCGGUCAGCCGACAAUGCCGGGCGGAGGCUGAAAAAGAUGCAGGACGCGUCUUAUUAUGCAGGGGGAACAUGUCUGGGUCUGGAAGAGUGGAACUUGUACUGCUGUCUGCGGAUUCUAAAAAGAUCUGUGUUGCAUGUGCAGCAAGAGGAGUCAGUUCUUGGCACGCGGAGAGGGCAUUUCUCAUGCGUAACUAGCAUCAAGAAGCUCUCAAAAAAUCUGUGAUGCUAGCACCAGCAUCACAGACCUCACGGGUCAUGCAAAUGUGCAUGACAAGCCCCGACUCUCCCAGACCCCGACACUUUUGCAGUUGAUACUUACGACCUGGAGACCUACGCGGCGGAAGAGCCGGAGCAUGACGCGCCGCAGGAGCCGGAGCACAUUUGAGCGGCUGUGACCUUUUGAUCAACGUCACGGUUGGAUGAACUACAACUUCCGCUUGCAGAACAUGCGGACGUUUUGAUGGAUUAUGUACAGGUUUAGUUUUCUUUUUCUCAAUUGCAGCAUUCAUUUGUUAUUCGUUUUCCUUUUAUUUAUCGCAAUUCCAUAAAUUCACAAACCGUAUGUUUCCGCGGCCACAUUUCAUCCUCACAAACCGUAUUUUUCUUCAAACGAAGAGGAACGAACCAGAGUCGUAGUAAUAAGUAAUACUUACAAGAAGAGGGCAGUCAUUCAGUAUGUACAUUCGUUUUCAUCAUGCCCUGUGUUGUUUUUUUCGUACACAUCGAUUUCGGCGUUCUGGCGCGUAUCGCUGUAACUAUUAUUCUGCUGUCCUUUCGAACGGCAUCGGGUGCGAUUGGUGCUAUUGGGACCACACUCUUGACAUGAGCUAUCCCACGAAAAAACUGGCUCACUGUGGUGGUUGUGCGAAAUCUGCAUCACAAGUUUGACACGCAUGACACUGAAAAUCUGUCAUGCGGGGAUCCUAAGGGAAAACACAGCUAGAAAUCCAUUGUCUUGCAUGUGUAGUAAGACAAAUGCGUCUGUGUUCCAUUUUAUGCAUCACAAGUUCACAGUGAAACAGUUUUUUCGUGCGAUAUGAGCAAUCACCAAUGCGUAAAAAAUCCCCGAGUUCUUUUGUCGGGGGAGGACGUCUAUCAAAUGCAAAAAUGUCUGGGUCUGGAUGAGUGGAACUUGUAAUGGUGUCUGCGGAUUCUAAAAAUAUCUGUGUUGCAUGAGCAGCAAGAGGAGUCAGCUCGUGGCACGUGGAGAGGGCAUUUGUCAUGCGUAAUUAGCAUGAAGAAGCUCUCAGAAAAUUUGUGAUGCUAGCACCAGCAUCACAGACCUGAGGGCUCAUGCAAAAUGUGCAUGACAAGCCCCGACUUUUCCAGAGCCAGACAUAUCUGCAGUAAUACACAUUUUAAAACGAAUCCAAAGGUACCAUGACAAGUUCCAUCCUUCCAGACCCGGAUCGGUAUUUGCAAUGCAUAGGAUCUGGACGAAAUGUGUUGUUUUUUUCGUACACAUCAAUUUCGGCGUUCUGGAUCUGGCUCGGCAAGAAGGAGCUAUAGGAAAAAUAGAAC